GCUGUGAAAGUAACACUAUUCGGCGUUACAUUUUUCGUUCCAAUAGCUAAAGUCCUGGGUGUAAUUAACGCUAAUCGUGUAGCCAAACAUUUGGGAUUUCUUCCAUUUCUAAAACCCUUCCGCCUAAACCUUUUUCUUAUAAACUUGAGCUCAGCCCUGUAGCUCUUUCGUUUCAUUUCUCAAAUUAAAGGUUGAAAUCGAUGUAAAUUACUCUUUGUUUUCCUUUCUCAAAUCCCAGUCUCUAUGCAGCAUUCUUCUCACAAGCUCUCAUGUGAAAUGCUUGCAUAUUGCUUUCCUUUAAUCAUUCAGCUAUCAAAUUACAAAAGCAGGAUUAUCCAUAACAUUGGUUUGCUUGUGGGUAAUUUGAAGUAUAGGAGAACAUAUUCCAGCCAGAAUCUACUUGAGCCAGUUAGUGGAAGGAUCAUCACUAGUAGUCAAUUUGUUAAUCAUCCUUCUCAAAGAAGUUUUAGUCAAUCUAGUUGUUAUCAGAAAUUCGCGCCUGUUGAAACUCAUCCUAUCCUUCGGUGCAGUAGUCUUCAGCAUCGGUUCAAAAAUUGGCAAGAACUGAGAAAGCAUAAAUUGACAGCUAGCACAUUUGCUGGGGCUAUCGGCUUUUGGCCUUUGCGAAGGACCCAGCUCUGGCUAGAGAAACUUGGGGCGAUUGAGCCUUUUUCUGGUAACUUAGCUACAUGUUGGAGCAAUAUCAAAGAAGAGGAAGCACUUGAAAGAUAUAAACUGAUUACUGGGAAUACAAUUGAGUUUCCUGAAUUUCAGGUUUAUGGUAAGAUGAAUCCUGAAGACAGUUGGUUAGCAGCUUCACCUGAUGGCUUGGUGAACAGUGUUUAUGGGUUGCCUCCUGGGGGAGUAUUGGAGAUAAAAUGUCCAUAUAUUGAUGGGAAAAUGGAAGAGACUUUCCCUUGGAAGCGCAUCCCCCUCUAUUGCAUUCCACAAGCUCAGGGUUUAAUGGAAAUCAUGGACCGGGAAUGGAUGGAUUUCUAUGUUUGGACUCCUAACGGAAGCAGUCUGUUUAGGAUUUACCGAGAUGUAAAAUACUGGAAUGUUCUGAAAUCGGCACUCUCUGACUUUUGGUGGAAGCAUGUUCAACCAGCUAAAGAAAUAUGCAGUAAAAAUGUGAUAACAGAUCCCCUCAGAGAAUUAAAAUCAAUAAGGCCAGACUCCAGGCAUGAAUCAUGUGGCGAUAUAGUUCGUCAAAGCAAACUUGUAGCUGAUAACUCCAAUUUAUUGAUUCGUGAAAUAAAUGGACAACUGAUAACCUGAUUUGAUGACUGAGAUAUUGAAUUUUAAACCAAGUCUAAUUCAUUAAUACCAAUGCUUACUUGAGGUUUUAACAAUUAUUGAAAAUUUUGGUUACCAUGAGUUUCCUCAGAGGAAGAAGAUCAAGUUUGGAAGUGCUUGUUCAUAAUGGUUGUUUUUCUAGAUGAAUGAAAUUACUAUUAGGGGCACUUCUCCCUUUAGUUGGACAAAGCUGAAUGCCUAUGGUUGUUGCAAGAGUUCACAGGAACCUCAGCUGGUAAGUGAAUAUUGAGAAAUGACGAAGACUAUAUUGCUAAAUAGGGUCUUCUGAAGUUUGCUAUCCAUCAUGCUUUUAAUUGUAUGAUAAUGUGUUUUUUUUUUCUUGCGAUGCUUAAAAUGCUCUGGAAUGGAAAAGCUAACUCUUGGUUGAAUCUGGUUCACGUUGGCACGAAGUUGGACAGCAAAAUCUUGUAGGCAUGUUUCUAAUAAAGCAUUGUUACAUGGUUGUAGCAACUUGUUGACUAGAGGUUGGCAUGGAUAAUAUUGCACUAACCUUAGAGAGGCUACGAGUAUCCUAAUCAAUGAGCUUAUACAAGGAAUUGCCCGGCUAUAUAUUUGAUGAUCCUCCAGCCUGGCUGAUUCCUGUUGUAAGAAGUCAUCCUUUCUGGUUGUUUGGCUCUAAGUUUGUCUCAGUUGUAAUUUUAACUUCAAAGGGAGAUAGGAAACCUUGUUGGGGACCUAAUACAUUUUAUUUAGGUCCUUUUUCUUAUUUCCUGGAGUGGACAAUUGUGGGACAUUUGAAGGAAGAGGCUACAAAUUGACCUUUAGGCAAUGGUAGAAAGCUGAUCAAGGCAAAAUUCUGCAGCCAACUGAUCUUUAAGGGGACUAUAGGCCUUCUUCUAUGUAGAUUCAAUGAUGACUUAUCUUAAGGUUAGCAUUUCUAGUUACAUAUCUUAUAUUGGGGAUGGGAAGAAGAAGUGCUUAGAAGCAUGCUUGCUACAGAUUCAAAUGAGACUGAUUUAUCAUGAUAGGUGUUUCCAAAGUGUAAUCACUCAACUUUUAAUAAAGUGAACUACCUAUGUGUUUUCUUGUGCUA